UUCCUCCGCCCUCACUCCCAGCCGGGCUCAGGCCUAGCCGGCCGGCCUGCCGCGAACUUCCUCCCGGCACGGCCCGUGCUCCGCCGGCCUCCCGCGCGCACCUCGGCCUCUGCCUCCCCUCCGGGAGGCGGCUGGGGGGCGCCGGGCCCGCCGCCCUCCCGCAGUAAACUUUGCUUUUGCUGCUGAAUAUUGAUGAGCGCGAUCGGCUCGGCCCGGAGGGGCUGCGGCGGCUGCGGAAAGGAGCGCGGCCUGGGCAGGCGGCGGCGGCGGCGGCGUCGGCAGCAGCCAUGUUUGUCAAGCUGUAGCAGCAGCUGCUGCUGCCCUGACUUGGCUUCGCCGGCUGCCUCCGUUUCUCCCCCUGCGGCGUCCCAGGCUCUGGGGCCUGCGGCCGUGGACCGAGCUGGCCUGCAGUCAGGAAGGUUGAUGCUGGCGCAGGAUGGAUCAGACCUCUGAACUACCCAGAAGAAAUUGUCUGCUGUCUUUUUCCAAUCCAGUUAAUUUAGAUGCCCCUGAAGACAAGGACAGCCCUUUCGGUAAUGGUCAAUCCAAUUUUUCUGAGCCACUUAAUGGGUGUACUAUGCAGUUAUCGACUGCCAGUGGAACAUCCCAAAAUGCUUAUGGACAAGAUUCUCCAUCUUGUUACAUUCCACUGCGGAAACUACAGGAUUUGGCCUCCAUGAUCAAUGUAGAAUAUUUAAAUGGGUCUGCUGAUGGAUCAGAAUCCUUUCAAGACCCUGAAAAAAGUGAUUCAAGAGCUCAGUCGCCAAUUGUUUGCACUUCCUUGAGUCCUGGUGGUCCAACAGCACUUGCUAUGAAACAGGAACCCUCUUGUAAUAACUCCCCUGAACUCCAGGUAAACGUAACAAAGACUGUCAAGAAUGGCUUUCUGCACUUUGAGAAUUUUACUUGUGUGGACGAUGCAGAUGUAGAUUCUGAAAUGGACCCAGAACAGCCAGUCACAGAGGAUGAGAGUAUAGAGGAGAUCUUUGAGGAGACUCAGACCAAUGCCACCUGCAAUUAUGAGCCUAAACCAGAGAAUGGUGUAGACGUGGCCAUGGGAAAGGAACAAGACAGCACACCAGAGAGUAGACAUGGUGCAGUCAAAUCGCCAUUCUUGCCAUUAGCUCCUCAAACUGAAACACAGAAAAAUAAGCAAAGAAAUGAAGUGGACGGCAGCAAUGAAAAAACAGCCCUUCUCCCAGCCCCCUUUUCACUAGGAGAUACAAACGUUACCAUAGAAGAGCAAUUAAACUCAGUAAAUUUAUCUUUUCAGGAUGAUCCAGACUCCAGUACCAGUACAUUAGGAAACAUGCUAGAAUUACCUGGAACUUCAUCAUCAUCUACUUCCCAGGAGUUACCAUUUUGUCAGCCCAAGAAAAAGUCAACGCCACUGAAGUAUGAAGUUGGAGAUCUCAUCUGGGCAAAAUUCAAGAGACGCCCAUGGUGGCCCUGCAGGAUUUGUUCUGAUCCGUUGAUUAACACACACUCAAAAAUGAAAGUUUCCAACCGGAGACCUUAUCGACAAUACUAUGUGGAAGCUUUUGGAGACCCUUCUGAGAGAGCUUGGGUGGCUGGAAAAGCAAUUGUCAUGUUUGAAGGCAGACAUCAGUUUGAAGAGCUUCCUGUCCUUAGGAGAAGAGGGAAGCAAAAAGAAAAAGGAUAUAGGCAUAAGGUUCCUCAGAAAAUUUUGAGUAAAUGGGAAGCCAGUGUUGGACUUGCUGAACAGUAUGAUGUUCCCAAAGGGUCAAAGAACCGGAAAUGUGUUAGCAGUUCAAUCAAAUUGGACAGUGAAGAGGAUAUGCCAUUUGAGGACUGUACAAAUGAUCCUGAAUCAGAACAUGAUUUGUUGCUUAAUGGCUGCUUGAAAUCUCUGGCUUUUGACUCUGAACAUUCUGCAGAUGAGAAGGAAAAGCCUUGUGCUAAGUCUCGAGCCAGAAAGAGCACUGAUAAUCCAAAAAGGAUUUGUGUGAAAAAGGGCCACAUGCAGUUUGAAGCAAAUAAGGAAGAACGGAGGGGAAAGAUUCCAGAGAACCUUGGCAUAAACUUUAUUUCUGGGGAUGUAUGUGAUAAGCAGGCCUCUAAUGAACUUUCCAGGAUAGCAAACAGCCUCACAGGGGGCAGCAGUGCCCCAGGAAGUUUUCUGUUUUCUUCUUGUGCAAAAAACCCUGCAAAGAAAGAAUUUGAGACUUCAAAUUGUGACUCUUUACUGGGCUUGUCUGAGGGUGCCUUGAUUUCUAAACGUUCUGGGGAGAAGAAGAAACUUCAACAAGGUCUGGUGUGUAGUUCAAAAGUACAGCUCUGCUAUAUUAAAGCAGGUGAUGAAGAAAAACGAAGUGAUUCCAUUAGUAUUUGUAGUACUUCUGAUGAUGGAAGCAGUGAUCUGGAUCCCAUAGAUCACAGUUCAGAUUCUGAUAACAGUGUCCUUGAAAUUACAGAUGCUUUUGAUAGAACAGAGAACAUGUCCUUGCCGAAAAAUGAAAAGGUAAAGUAUUCCAGGUAUCCUGCCACAAACACUAAGAUAAAAGCAAAGCAGAAGUCCGUCAUUACUAACUCACUCACAGACCACUUAACAGAUUGUACCAAGACAGCAGAGUCUGGAACUGAGACAUCUCAGGCUAAUCUCUCUGAUUUUAAAGUGUCUACUCUUGUCCGCAAACCCCAAAUGGAUUUUAGAAAUGAUGGUUUCUCUACAAAAUUCAAUACCCCAUCAAGCAUUUGCAGUGAGAACUCACUAAUAAAGGGUGGGUCUACAAAUCAAGCUCUGUUACACUCGAAAAGCAAACAGCCCAAGAUCCGAAGUAUAAAGUGCAAACAUAAAGAAAAUCCAGCUGUAGAACCUCCAGUUACAAAUGAAGACUGCAGUUUGAAAUGCUGUUCUUCUGAUACCAAAGGCUCUCCUUUGGCCAGCAUUUCCAAAAGUGGGAAAGGGGAUGGGCUAAAACUACUGAGCAACAUGCAUGAGAAAACCAGAGAUUCGAAUGAUAUAGAAACAGCAGUGGUGAAACACGUUCUGUCUGAGUUGAAAGAACUCUCUUAUAGAUCCUUAAGUGAAGAUGUCAGUGAAUCUGGAACAUCAAAGCCAGCAAAACCAUUACUUUUUUCUUCUGCCUCUAGUCAGAAUCAUAUACCUAUUGAACCAGACUAUAAAUUCAGUACAUUGCUAAUGAUGUUGAAAGAUAUGCAUGAUAGUAAGACCAAGGAGCAACGGUUAAUGACUGCUCAAAAUGUGGUCUCCUAUCGGAGCCCGGGUCUUGGAGACUGUUCUACCAGUAGUCCUCUAGGGACUUCUAAGGUUUUAGUUUCAGGAGCCUCCAAUCAUAAUUCAGAGAAAAAUGGGGAUGGCACUCAGGAUCCAGUCUAUCCUAGCCCCAGUGGGGGUGACUCUGCACUGUCUGGGGAGUUGUCUGCCUCCCUGCCUGGCUUAGCGUCUGACAGAAAAGACCUCCCUGCUUCUGGCAAGAGUCGUUCAAACUGUGUUACUAGGCGCAGCUGUGGGCGAUCAAAGCCAUCAUCCAAAUUUCAAGAUGGUUUUUCAGGUCAGAUGGGAAAGAACACAGCGGACCAUAAAGCCUUAAAGACAGAGCGCAAAAGAAAAUUGAACCGGAUUCCAGCUGUGAUUCCAGAGUCUGCACUGCCUGGAGACAGACAGAAUGCAGCCUCAGAGAAGGGCUCCUUGAGAGGUGGAGAAGACCCUGCUAAAGAAGAACCCCUUCAAUUAAUGGGCCACUUAACAAGUGAAGACAGUGCCCAUUUUUCCGAUACUCAUUUUGACAACAAAGUCAACCAGUCUGAGCCUGAUAAAAUUGACAAAGGCCCCAUCUUUGAAAACAGAAAAGGUCCAGAGCUGGACUCUGAAAUGAACAGUGAAAAUGAUGAACCCAAUGGUGUUAAUCAAGUAGUACCUAAAAAGCGGUGGCAGCGUUUAAACCAAAGGCGCACUAAACCUCGUAAGCGCACUAACAGAUUUAGGGAGAAAGAAAACUCUGAGGGUUCCUUUGGGGUCUCGCUUUCUGCUGACCCGGUAAAGAAGGGGGGUGAGUUCCCAGAGCAGAGACCUCCUCCUUCAGCGGACAUGUUGGAGGAUGUGCUGACAGCUCCAAACCACACUGGCCACUUUGAUUCAGUUGAGCCGCUGCUGAAUGUUUGUGAUAAAUCCAGUGCCAACACUGAGGAGAUGGAAAAGGAACCAACAAUUCCCACUUUGACUCCCCAGCCUGAGCUUCCUGAACCAGUUGUGCGGUCAGAGAAGAAAAGACUUAGGAAGCCAAGCAAGUGGCUUCUGGAAUACACAGAAGAAUAUGAUCAGAUAUUUGCUCCUAAGAAAAAACAAAAGAAGGUACAGGAACAGGUACACAAGGUAAGUUCCCGCUGUGAAGAGGAAAACCUUUUAGCUCGAAGUCGAUCUAAUGCUCAGAACAAGCAGGUGGAUGAGAAUUCUUUGAUUUCAACCAAAGAAGAGCCUCCAGUUCUUGAAAGGGAGCCUCCGUUUUUGGAAGGGCCCUUGUCUCACUCAGAACUUGGAGGUGGACAUGCUGAGUUGCCACAGCUGACUUUGUCUGUGCCUGUGGCUCUGGAAGUCUCUCCACGGCCUCCCCUUAAGUCUGAGGAAUUGCUAGUUAAAACAGCAGGAAAUUAUGAAAGUAAGCGUCAGAGAAAACCAACUAAGAAACUUCUUGAAUCAAAUGAUUUAGACCCUGGAUUUAUGCCCAAGAAAGGGGAUCUUGGCCUUUCUAAAAAGUGUUAUGAAGCUGGUCACUUGGAGAAUAACAUUACUGAAUCAUGUGCUGCAUCUCAUUCUAAAAAGUUUGGUGGAGGCACUACCAAGAUAUUUGAUAAACCACGAAGGCGAAAACGACAAAGGCAUGUUAUUGCUAAGAUGCAUUGUAAAAGAGUGAAAAAUGAAGACUCGUCAAGAGAAACUCCAGGCUCAGAGGGAGAACUGAUGACACACAGGAUGGCUGCAAGUCUCAAGGAGGCUGUUGAAGAGGGCAUAGAAAACGACCAUGGGAUGCCUGCAUCUAAAAAACUGCAGGGUGAACGAGGUGGAGGAGCUGCACUCAAGGAGAACGUUUGUCAGAACUGUGAGAAAUUGGGUGAGCUGCUGUUAUGUGAGGCUCAGUGCUGUGGGGCUUUCCACCUGGAGUGCCUUGGAUUAACUGAGAUGCCCAGAGGAAAAUUUAUCUGCAAUGAAUGUCGCACAGGAAUCCAUACCUGUUUUGUAUGUAAACAGAGUGGGGAAGAUGUUAAAAGGUGCCUUCUGCCCUUGUGUGGAAAGUUUUACCAUGAAGAGUGUGUCCAGAAGUACCCACCCACUGUCAUGCAGAACAAGGGCUUUCGGUGCUCCCUCCACAUCUGUAUAACCUGUCAUGCUGCUAAUCCAGCCAGUGUUUCUGCAUCUAAAGGUCGUCUCAUGCGAUGUGUCCGCUGCCCUGUGGCAUACCAUGCCAAUGACUUCUGUCUAGCUGCUGGGUCAAAAAUACUUGCAUCUAAUAGUAUCAUCUGUCCAAAUCACUUUACACCCAGGCGGGGCUGCCGAAAUCAUGAGCAUGUCAACGUUAGCUGGUGUUUUGUAUGCUCAGAAGGAGGCAGCCUUCUGUGCUGUGAUUCUUGCCCUGCUGCUUUUCAUCGGGAAUGCCUGAACAUUGAUAUCCCUGAAGGAAACUGGUAUUGCAAUGAUUGUAAGGCAGGCAAAAAACCACAUUACAGAGAAAUUGUCUGGGUAAAGGUUGGACGAUACAGAUGGUGGCCAGCUGAGAUCUGCCAUCCUCGAGCUGUACCUUCCAACAUUGAUAAGAUGAGACAUGAUGUGGGCGAGUUCCCUGUGCUCUUCUUUGGGUCUAAUGACUAUCUCUGGACUCACCAGGCCAGAGUCUUUCCCUACAUGGAGGGGGAUGUAAGCAGCAAGGAUAAGAUGGGCAAAGGAGUGGAUGGGACAUAUAAAAAAGCUCUUCAGGAAGCUGCAGCAAGAUUUGAGGAGUUAAAGGCCCAGAAAGAACUAAGACAGCUGCAGGAAGACCGAAAGAACGAUAAGAAACCACCACCUUAUAAACAUAUAAAGGUGAACCGUCCUAUUGGCCGGGUACAGAUCUUCACUGCAGACUUGUCUGAAAUACCCCGUUGCAACUGUAAAGCUACUGAUGAUAACCCCUGUGGGAUAGACUCUGAGUGCAUCAACCGCAUGCUGCUCUAUGAGUGCCACCCCACAGUAUGUCCUGCCGGAGGACGUUGCCAAAACCAGUGCUUUACUAAGCGCCAAUACCCAGAGGUGGAGAUUUUUCGCACAUUACAGAGGGGCUGGGGUCUUCGAACAAAAACAGAUAUUAAAAAGGGUGAAUUUGUGAAUGAGUAUGUGGGUGAGCUAAUAGAUGAAGAAGAAUGCAGAGCUCGAAUUCGUUAUGCCCAAGAACACGAUAUCACUAAUUUCUAUAUGCUCACCCUAGACAAAGAUCGGAUCAUUGAUGCUGGUCCCAAAGGAAACUACGCUCGGUUCAUGAAUCACUGCUGCCAGCCCAACUGUGAAACACAGAAGUGGUCUGUGAAUGGAGAUACCCGUGUUGGCCUUUUUGCCCUGAGUGACAUUAAAGCAGGCACUGAACUUACUUUCAACUACAACCUAGAAUGUCUUGGGAAUGGAAAGACUGUUUGCAAAUGUGGAGCCCCAAACUGCAGUGGCUUUUUGGGUGUAAGGCCAAAGAAUCAACCCAUUGCCACAGAAGAAAAGUCAAAGAAAUUCAAGAAGAAGCAACAGGGGAAGCGCAGGAGCCAGGGUGAAAUCACAAAGGAGCGAGAGGAUGAGUGUUUCAGCUGUGGGGAUGCUGGUCAGCUUGUCUCCUGUAAGAAGCCGGGCUGCCCAAAAGUUUACCAUGCAGACUGUCUCAAUCUAACCAAGCGACCAGCAGGAAAAUGGGAGUGUCCUUGGCAUCAGUGUGACAUCUGUGGGAAGGAAGCAGCCUCCUUCUGUGAGAUGUGUCCUAGCUCCUUUUGCAAGCAGCAUCGGGAAGGGAUGCUCUUCAUCUCCAAACUGGAUGGACGUCUGUCUUGUACUGAGCACGACCCCUGUGGGCCCAACCCUUUGGAACCUGGGGAGAUCCGUGAGUAUGUGCCUCCCCCGGUACCACUGACUCCAGGCCCAAGCACUCAACUGGCAGAGCAACAGUCAUCAGGAGUAGCUGAUCAAGGGCCCAAGAUGUUGGAGAAGCCACCUGCUGAAGCCAACCAGACGUCACUAUCCAAAAAACCUCUGGCAGGGACUUGUCAGAGGCCACCACCCCCUGAAAGACCUCCUGACAGAACUGACUCCAGGCCCCCGCCUGUAGAAAGGGUCAGGGCCCUUGCUGGGUCAGGGACCAAACCCCAGUCCUUGGUAUCCAGCCAGAAGUCAUUGGACAGGCCAUCUACAGUGGGAGGACCAAGAACCCAACUAUCUGACAAACCCUCUCCAGUGACCGGCCCAAGCUCUUCACCCUCAGUCCGGUCCCAACCACUGGAAAGACCUCUAGGGACAGCUGACCCAAGGCUGGAUAAAUCCAUAGGUGCUGCCAGCCCAAGGUCCCAGUCGCUGGAGAAAACCCCAGUCCCUACUCUCCUGAGACUUCCACCGUCAGACAGACUGCUAGUCACCAGCAGCCCCAAACCCCAGACUUCAGACAGGUCUCCAGACAAAUCCCAUGCUUCUUUGACCCCGAGAUUCCCACCUCCUGAUAAAGUGCUAUCAGCUGUGGUCCAGACACUGGUAGCUAAAGAAAAAGCACUGAGGCCCGUGGACCAGAAUACUCAGUCGAAAAACAGAGCUGCUUUAGUGAUGGAUCUCAUAGACCUAACUUCUCGCCAGAAAGAACGGGCAGCUUCUCCUCAUGAGGCCACACCACAAGCUGAUGAGAAGAUGCCAGUGUUGGAGUCCAGCUCAUGGCUUGCCAGCAAAGGUCUGGGGCAGAUGUCUCGAGUUGUGGAGAGAGGCAGUGUGUCAGAUCCUGUCUUUCAGCCUCCUGGGAAAGCCGUGGCCCCCUUGGAGCACCCCUGGCAAGCUGUUAAAUCACUCACCCAAGCCAGACUUCUUUCUCCGUCCCCUGCCAAGGCUUUUUUAUAUGAGGCAGCAACUCAGGCUGCAGGAAGAGCACCUGCAGGAACUGAGCAGAUGCCAGGGCCUCCCAGCCAAGCACUGGGUCUGGUGAAGCAGGUGAAACAGAUGGCUGGAGGCCAUCAAGUACCUGGACUUGGUGCCAAGAGUGGGCAGUCCUUCAGGCCUCUUGGGAAGGCCACAUCCUCCCUCUCCACUGAAGAGAAGAAGUUGACAACCACAGAGCAGAGUCCCUGGGCCCUAGGAAAGACCUCACCAGGGCCAGGGCUCUGGCCCAUGUUAGCUGGACACACACUGGCGCCGUCCUGCUGGUCGUCUGGGAACACACAGACAUUGGCACAAACUUGCUGGUCUCUUGGAAGAGGGCAAGAGCCUAAACCAGAGCAAAACACAUUCUCAACUCUUAACCAGGCGCCUUCCAGUCACAAGUAUGCAGAGUCAGAACAGAAAUAAUACCAGUAAAUGUCAGAUGACCAGCCCAGCUACCCCCAGGGUUCUUGGGGAGGGAAAUAUUAUUCUUCUCCCUUAUAAAACAGACCCCACUACCUUUUCACUGUUAUUCUUUCUUUAUAUCCCAACACUCAGAACUCUUGUGACAUUAGCAAGUGGGGGCUUAAUGUUAUGUGAAACAUGUAUGGAAAUCCAAGUGGGCCUCAGCCAAGGAGACAGACAGAACUUGGGUUUCUUUCCCUCAUCCUUUACACAUGGUCAACUUGAAAUAAAAAGUCCACUCUGGAGUCAAACAUGGGAUUCAAUUCCACUGGUCAGGUUGGAAGGUAGAGGGGCUUUCGAUGCUAUUUCUCUAUGCCUACAGAGCCCCACUGAGGGCACUUGAUGAACUCUUGGGAGGAACUGAUACCCAUUCAAACCAGUGGCAAUUUCUUGAACAUUCAUGGGUGUGAGGCCAGGUGCUGGUCACUGAUAGGAGAUACAGAGAUAAAUAAGACCUGAUCCUUAUGAGCCUAACAUACCUGCCUGGGUUUCUAGGCUGUUUUUAACCUUUGGCCAGGAAAUAACAUGAAGUUCUGAGGGCCCUGAGGCAUGGUCCCAGAAAUGAUUGUAUUGUUUCUUCGGGCUAGGUGUGCAUGUGUGCAUGUGCAUGCAUGUGUGCUCAUGCAGAUGUUUAUAGGCAGGGUGGGCUGCAGAGGCCAAGUGGGAUUGUUGGCUGGGCAGCCACCAUCACUACUUGUCUGGGUUUCGCAGAGUCUGAAGAUCUAUACUUGGUGGAAUAGCUGGUUGUGUGGAGGCUGGGCUCUACAAUGACGUAGCUUUCCCCCAGAGUAAGAAGGCAAUUGGCAAGCUUAUCUCUCUUUUUUUUUUACCUAUUUUCCUCCUUUUACAUCAACCCACCCUAUGCCCGUCCCCACACACUCAGGUGCUUUCAGAUUUCAGAGUCUUGGGCAGUGGACCUAGGAAUCUCCAGCAAGCUCUGAGCUAGAUCCACCACCAGCUCAGGGAGGGUGCCAGAUCCUGACAGAAAAUUGCUUCCCUUCUGAUCCUUUGCUCUCCUGCCUGAAUGGAGGGAGUCCUCUUCUUCACUAGUGGAUUUUACCACCCUCCCCUGAGAAUUGUGCUCUGUGUUGAAAGGACUUGCCUGCUGACUCGAAUUUAAAGGGAACCAUAACCCUUCCUUUAUGACUGGCAAGAUGUGGCAUUGAGAGAAAUGUCCAGUCUGAGAGUUGACUCCUCAUAUCUGCUGAUUAUCUGUUACUGCUGCCCUGAGCUGGGGCUCAAGGGCUGGGAAAUCUGUUGGUGCUACCCUGCCCUACCAUUCACCCAGCUCACUGACUGCCAACAGGAAGUGCUGUUUGGCCAGUUUCUUCCCAUUCAUCCAUGUCUCUUUUGUCCCUAGACCAAAUGUAUUUACCUAUCUGCUUUGCCAAUUUAGCCAGCAGCUUUAGCCAACCAGGCCAUCUGGCCCAAACGUCUCCUAGCCAUUCUGUCUCAUUUAUGACUUUUAUAUCAACAGGAUUCUGUAUUUUGUCCCAGUUUCCUCCUGAGUUCCUGGCGAGGCUAUUCUAAUCACUCUAAAGGAGGAAAUAAUAGCUACAGAAGCAUUUGCGCUUUAUAUAAAAAUUAAAAAGAAUUUGCUUUUAUUUCCCAAAGUGGGUCUCUGGGAUUGAGACACUUGAACUCAGGCAGAGGCACAAGGCUGGGCAGGGCUGCCCCGAGUUUAGGAGCCUAUCCUUGCAUCUCACUUAGACCUCGGAAUCUCCUCUGUAAAUUCCACCUGCCUAGUUCUCUAUUUUCGCCCUGUCCCUCUUCCCAUAUCAUCAGAGAAGAAAAAUUCUUGGUUGAAAAGGAAGAGAAAACAAAGCAUCUUAUUUUCUUUUUAAAAAAUUUUAAACCAUGGAAAAGAUAUUUUUAAAGAAAUCCACCCAGAACGUUAAAGUUCAUUAUAUUAAGUAUUUAUCAUGUGUGAGAAUAAUAAGUAUAUAACUGCAGCUAGUAGGUCUUUUUCCCUAAUCUCUUAGGUUGUACGAGUAGGGUUUGCUUGGUGCCAGUCCUGUGCCCUUUUCUCUCCUGUCAUCUGUAGUUGCAAUCAGAAAAAGUAUCCACACUGCACUGUCAGAAUCUCCUUUCACUAUGUUGUGUGUUAAAUUACCGUAGUUCUUUGUUUAAUGGAAUAAACUGUGAAUUUUUUUUGUGUGUGUGGUGGGGGGUUGUGCAGGCUUUGUAAAAAAUUGUAAGUGGAGAAGUUCGAUCCUAUAAUAGCUUCUGAAGUAGGCUUUGGUAGGUAAUUUUCUUGACAGCCACUUUAGACAUGUCUCAUGGGACAGGAAGGAGUGAGGGAAAAGUGGGCCAUGAUCGACCACUUCAUGGUUUUGUUUUGGUCCUUUCCAUUUUCCACCACUCACUGAAUACUUCCUUCCAGACCUGCCUGGGAAAAACUGAACUCUGCUUGGGUUGGGGGAUAGGAGGCAGUUCUUUAUCUACAUGGAUGGAGUGCCAGGCUUUCCUGGGUGCCAUUUGAAAAGAUUCUAAGCUUGAAUGGGACCUAGAAAUUCAACUGUGAGGCCCACUGAUCUCAGCAUCUCAUUCUAGAUUAUUAACAUCUUAUCAUGAAAGCAGUCACUGUACAAUUAGAAGCACAAUCAGGACUGUUGGGAAUUGAGACUUGCAUGAUGCUGAGAGGGAGUUACUAGCCUAGAGGACUCUCUUAGAGCCUGUGCUAAGACCUUUUCUCUAAGGAUUGUGAGUUGGAAAUUAAAAGGUAAUCUUUUCUCUUAGAUAUUCCUGAUCUUUAUGCAGGAUGGUAUUUGGCCAAGUGCUUGGAAAUCGGAUAUCAAGAGAAUAUGCCUCAAAGUCCCUUUCCCAGGAAGCUUUUCCCAGGGGGAAGCCAUAGCUUCCAUAGAUAGCUAGAGAACAAAUACCUCUCCUAACCCUGUUAAGUCAGG